AUGCAAAGUUCCCUUCAUAAAAUACCUUUGAUUUUUUAAAGUAAAGAAAUUAUUUAAUUAAAGUAAUCAAAAGCUUGGAUAUUUUCGGAUAGUCAAUAACGUUAAAUAUUAACAAACAGAAUACUUAUAAAACAGUUUUUGGUGGUAUAUCCUCUAUUUGCUUAAUCUUUAUUUUGAUUGCCAUAUUUUAAACUAACAUAGUGGAUUUUUUCGAAAAAUCAGCUGUAAGUUUUUCUUCAAAAACUGAAUUCAAUCCAAAUCCUGAUUAAAUUACAAUGAACAUCUAAAAUUAUAUGGUAGCAUUUUCAAUUGAACAAGAUGAUUUUGUAAAUAAUCCUAUGUUCAAUAUAACAAUAGAACAAAGGUUAAAAAUAUUUUAUAUAUAGACACUACUAUAGAAAUGCAUUAGGGAGUUUAGUAAAAUAAAAUAACUAUUUAUAAUUGGAACCAUGUACAUUAGAACAUUUUGAAUUCCUUUCAAAUUAGAAUUAUUCAGAUUUUCAAAUGCAAUUUAAUUAACUUGAAUUAAACAAAUGGCUGUGUCCAUAGUAAUAAUUCUAUAAUAUUUUUAGAAAGGAUUUUUAAUUUUAUAUGGAAGGAACAUAUACAAGUGAAGAAUUUGAUUUUAUUAGAGUUAUUGUUAGUGAUUGUGAUGACUCUUAAAGUGGAUAUCUAAAUUGGUAACCUACUUGCGCUUCUAAAUCUUAAAAAGAUCUACAUUUAAAUAAAGAAGGAUAAUUUAAAUUAUAAAUUUAUUAAGUUAACUCUGUUGUUAACCCAAAAGCUUCUGAACAAUAUUAUUAAUCUUACCUUGAUGGUGAAAUGUAUUUUACUUUUGUUCCACAAAAGUUAUCUAGGCAAACAAAUUUAUAUUAUAGAAAAUAUUAUUUCUAAAAUGAUAAUUCCUUAAUGCCAUUUUUUAAGUAUGUUCAAUACAUAUUUUUAGAUCAAUAGAUGAGAAAGAAUUAAUUGUUAGAUAGAGUGUAGAUUAUAGAGAUUUAACAGAACUUGGAAGAAAUACUGAUUAAAAUUAUGCUAUUGUUUAUCUUAGAAGAAGCUAAUUUUCAGAAUUUAUUUAAAGAAGAUUUAUGAAAUUUGAUGAAUUAUUGUCAUUUUUAGGAGGAUUUUUAUAAAUAAUGAUUACAGGAUUCGGAAUAUUUAUUAUGUAUUAUAAUAAAUUAUCAUGUAAAUCUUUGUUUUAUUAUUAUUUAGUAUAAAUUGAAUUAUCAAAUAAAUUGUAUAACUUCUCUAAAAGUCUAAAUAAAAAUGCUACAUUCAAAUAAUCUGUUAAAUAAACUGUUAACACUUCAAUUUUGAAUGAAUCUAAAAUUGAAAUUAAAUCAGUUCAGCAAGCAAAAAAAGAUAAUACAUUAAUGAACCAAAAAGAUGAAAUAAGUAUGACUGAAUCAAUCUUAAAUUUAUUUGAAAAAUCUAAAAAAAUAAAAUUAACAUCAAAAUCUUUAAUAAAUCAUUUAUCAUUUGGGUAUUUAUUAAAUGAUAAUGAAACUUAAAUUUUUUAAAAAGCAAUGUAAUUAAUUAAUUAAUAUUUUAGGGAACGGGUUGAUUAAAGUUUAGAUAUUUAAGAAAUCUUAUAUUAAUUGUAAGAAAUUAAUAAAUUAAAAUCAUUAUUGCUAAAAAAAUAGUAAAUUAUACUCUUUAAUUUUACUUAAAAACCUAAUCUCACUUUAGAAGAUGAAGAAUAACUUCCUAGUAGACUUUUAAUAGAGUAAUAACUUGAAGAUGAUAAGUAAAUAUUAAAUAAAGAAUUAAUAAUAAAAGAUCUUUUUAGUGUAUAAUUUUUAUUUUAUUUUCUAAGGCAUGGCUAGAUAUGAAAUGUGAUUAAACAUAAAAUACUUGUCAGGUCGAAUUAAAUCAGAAGCUUAGCCAAGACUUAGGUAGUGAUAUUUAAUCUGUUUUUUCUGAUUAUGUAAAAGCUUAGCAUACUCAAAAAAAAAAGAUGGAAUAUUAAUUAAUAAUUAAUAAUUAAGAAUAGCAAGAUUUAAUCUAAUCUUUACAAAAAUGA